UCGUGCCGUCCGACAAGCGCCUCACCGCCUCACCGCGCAGCCCCAGCCGCCGCAGGGCGCACUUCGCCAUAGGACCGCAGCGCUCCGGGUCGACGUCGUCGCUGGUGAAGGCGGCUCUCUACCAGUCCAUGCACGGACGGUCGCAGUCUCUGCCCUUCAUACAGAGACCCGCCCAGCGCGCCGCCAACAAGGAGAUCAACCGCCUGCGCGUGGACGCGUUGACGACCAUUCUGUCCGGUCUGUACGCCAAGCUGCUCGUGGUGCUGGGCGUCGCAUUUCCUAUGGCCGAGACUAUAUCGGCGCAUGUUCCUGCUUCCUUCUAUGAGGGCUUCUACGUGUUCCUGUACGCGGGCAGCAUGCUGUUCCUGCUGCUGCUGUACUGCUGCCUGCUCAAGGAGCGGGCCCUCGACUCGGUGGUCCAGAGCCACCAGGCCGAGAGCGGCGGCCGCCGCCGCAAGAUCUCCGCCACCGCGUCGGCGCCGCGCUCCCGCUACGGCAGCUUCUACCUGCGCAUGGGCGCCGUCGCUUUCGGCAUCGGUAGCAUGAUAUAUUCUGGGCUGGAGUUUGGACAGUUCUUCGAGUUGGAGAAGAACCCCAAAUGCUACAAUGUGAUGCUGUCUGUAACGCCCAUCGCCCGGAUGAUCUUCAUCAUCAUGCAGAUGCAGUUCAUAUUCCUCAGCAACAAGCAACUUAAAGUUCGCACCUACCACGUCCCCAUGAGGUUCGGCCUGAUGCACAUGAUUGCAUGCAACGUCUGCGUCUGGCUCAAUGUCCUCAUUCAGGAGACCAAGCACGAGAUCAUCGCACUCUACUCGACGAGUUCAGAGUUGAACUCAGUUGGAGGAGAGAUCAACGCCACAAUCACAACGACGGAGGCGUCUCCAGCUGCGCUGAACACCACGACACAAAAUACAACCCUACUGAAUGCGACACACUCGAAUGUCGGGAGCGAAUUCGGGCGACUGAAGGGUCUUCAAGACCUGCGCGAGUGCCGGCGUUCCAACAUCAUGGGCUCGCUGGUGCAGAACGCGUCGCCCUUUCUGUUCCCCUGCACCAUCGAGUACUCCCUCAUCUGCGCCGUCAUCCUCUACGCCAUGUGGAAGGACGUCAACGCCUACUCCAGGGGCCGACAGAGCUACUCUGGUGCCUACGGCAACAAGAUCAGCACUACCAAGGCGCCGUCGGCGCUGCAGCCGGCGCUGUACCCCGGCGGGCAGUCGGGCCAGCAGAUCUCGGUGGACUGCGCGAGCGCGCACAAGGGCCUGUUCGCCGGCGUGCUGGUGCUCGUGCUCACCAUCCUGUCGCUCAUCCUGUUCUGCGUGCUCAGCCGCGACCGCGCGCUGCUCCAGAUCAACGCCUGCGAGCUCACGCUCUACUCGGCCGCCGUCAUCGCCACGCUGCUCAGCAUGUGGCGCAUGCGCCACCUAGAAUACGACACGUGCCGGCGCUUCGAGCUGGACAACAUGCUGCUGGUGACGGCGCAGACGGGCCUGUACGUGUACACGCUCUUCUCCAUCAUCGCGGGCUACUUCUCGGCCGGCACGGGCGCUGACGCGGCGCCCGGCGUGGUGGUGAUGUCGGUGAGCGCGCUGCUGCAGACCACGCUGCAGACGGUGUUCAUCCUGGACGCGUGGUGGCGGCGGUGCGGCAACCCCGCGCAGGCGCGCGCCAAGCCCGGCCGCCAGCUCGUCACCUUCCUGCUGGUGACCAACAUGGCGCUCUGGGCAGUGUCGCGCCUCCAGAACUCGCGAGCGGACUUCCACCCCGUCGAGCUGCGCUUCUACGGCUUCUGGGUGUGGACCAUCAUCACGCACGUCGCCAUGCCACUGGCCGUCUUCUACCGCUUCCAUUCUACCGUCUGCCUCUGCGAGAUCUGGAAGAGCGCCUACAAGAUGAGGCUGCCGGUCAGAAAGUAAUGGCAGCGCCGGGCUCGGCUCGGUCCUCGUCAUCGUUUGAUCCGCCUCGGGUAUUUGGUCCUGCAGGUGGUACACCAUGGUGCAACGAAGAGGAAACCGGAUCUAAUGGUCCUAAACGAACGAAGCCUUGAAUUACGUUUUUGAAUGUUCAUAUCUGCCAUUAUUGUUUUGUGAUCCUGAGUCUGAAGACUGCUGGGGUGCAGUUUCCACGCUAGUCUACCCUGUGAUAACCUCUUCAUCUCUACAUAACUAUUAUAACCUACAUCGAUUUUCACCUGCUUACUGCAUUCAACUCUUGGUCUAACUCUAUAAUUUUUACCGUCCACACUUUCUUCCAGUGCCAAAUUAUCAUGUCCUUAAUAUCUCAGACUGUGCCUUCUUUUAAUAAACUUCUUACACCCUAAAUUUUCUUGCAGCACAUCUCAGUUCUGUGCCUGAUCAGACAUAUCGCCUCAGUUUACGAGUGAGAAGUAUUCCGAAUUCAGCAUUAAUGGUUCUGAACGAUAAAAAAAUUCUAAAUUUGAUGUGCAGUGUAGGUUGCUCAUAUUGUAGGCGUUCAGUCUAAAUUUAUAGUCGUUAAGUAUCCAUUUACGAUAAUACAUUAACGAUGAAAUAUUAGUUCGAACAUAAUCUCAAAUUCACAGUAUGAGAUCCACAAAAUGUCCAAUAAAACCUGACGUCAGGAGUAGAAGACCACGACGAACAAACUUGUCAAAUCACUAACAUUACUUAAGAAAACUAAUCCCUUCUUGAUGCGGCUGAUUCUGUUAAUAAUGAUCAUAUCUGACUCCGCAUACAAUAUCAGUAUAUAUCUGAUACGGUUCGGGACAAAAAUGCUCUUCUUCAGAUACGCCACCUCGAAAAAAAAUUUUUGAAAACUAGGAAAACUCAGUGUAAUCUCUAAACAAACAUAUAUGAAAAUGAGAUGUACCACAUUCAUACACUAUCCUUCAAUGGUGAAAGGAAAAUACGUCAUUCAGCUACCUAGCAAGCGCCUACACAGCUAAGCAGAAAAGGAACUACUAUGUGAAUUUGGGAACACAUUAGUCUCUAGAACACUGAAAGGAUUAUCAGAACGGUCAGGUCAUUUAUAAAGGAGCACCCAGUCCAGCUUCGUAUACGGAUUUGAUGUUUGGUAUCAUCGUAUAAACUAACUUAGACUAGUGAAAUCUUUUAUGGAAGACAUGGACAAUGAAGGAAGUUGGCGCGGACGAAACGUAACCAGAUACACAACAGAUUUCAGUCGCCUUAUGCCAGGUGCUAUAAGAAACGUUUUGUAACGUUAACGGCUAAUUUGAAAACUCCGUACAUUUUUAUUGGUGGAUGAUUGUAUCAUCUUACUAACUCUUACACACUAUUGUACAAGGAAGACAUCGCCUUUAAUUAAGAAAUCGUAAAUAUCUGCUUGAGUUAAAAACAGAUUCGUAGUCGUGCGACGUCCAUGGAUGGAUUCACACGUGUACGAGUUAGCUUCCAUUGUACACUAAACAAAAUUCGCGUGAUAGAAAUGAGGAUUCGCACAUAUGAACUGUCUCGCCUUCCGCUUGCUACAAGCCGACGUUUGCCAUGCAAAAAUCGUUGUAACUUCUUCGAAAUAAUGUUUACGAAGUAUUCUAAUGGUACAUAUUGCUACUCUUUCGCAAUGGUGGAAUUUGAAUUAUCAAUCCAGCGUGGUGUCGUUAUUAAACAAGAUGCAAAGUUGAGUUAAAAUUUUGGUCCCAUGCUUCGAAUGUAUUUGUAUGAUGAAGCAGAAUAUUCAAAAAGCAUCCACUUGUUUGUAAAAGAUGGCUGUGUGGUAUUCCAUGAGAGAUAAUACAAAGACGCGACGUACAACGAAAAGAAUGUUCUAAGAGAGGAGUGUAUUCUAAUUUCACUGAAAGAAUAGUUACGUAAAAUUAUUUUUUAAUCGGCACAUUUCUACUUUAGUUUCAGUACGAAUGUUUCAUAGUUUAGCUACAGUUCUUAUGGAGUGCGGUACGAUAUAGUGUUUAUAGAUGCUGAAUUUUACGUUAGCAAGACAAAUGUUUGCAUGACAUCCAUGCCUACAACUCAUAUACAUAUUAAUUCAUUAUAACAAAAUUAUCAGCACACUUAUUAGUUGUUAGGCGAAAUUUUCUCAUACUGUCAUAUCAUACAAAUAGUUUUAAGGGAUUUUCCUGAUAGUUCUAAGGAUGAUACCUCCUUGUGAAAUGGAAUACUUCCUUUCAGAAAAACGUAAAAACAAUUUUGUUACUUUGGAUUCAUUUAGUUGUAAGUAUUAAUCGUCAAUGGAAGCUAAAGACAUAGAUCAAUCGUAAGUGCAAAAUGAAACUGUCAUUGUGGCUCUGUAUUAUCACAGAUUCUAUACUACUAUAGGUUUUGACACUUUCUCAGUACAUAUGACAUUGUACGUAUCUACUUGUCAUAUCAGACAUCAUCCUUAAUUCUCUUAUGUUUCAAAUGUGACACUAAUUUACAUUACAUUUGUUUCAAAUCUGUGCGGGCGGAUAUUUUGCUGUUGACUAUAACAAAUACAACUGCUUGCAGAAGAAAAAGUGCAACAUUCCCACCCACGUAACUGCAAACUAAUUCCAUUAUGUAGUUGAUAAUCUCUCCUCCUUUUGUACACAAAUAAACCUAUAGCCUAUAAUGCGAUACUGUCAAAGGAGUAAGUUUUACUACAUUUCUUAACGUCCAGCGGCGAUUACCGUUAGUUUUCGACCUUUCUUUUGUUGUACAGAUUAACAGAAAAUAAAGUCCAUCAUAAUUCCAAAAUGAACGCACCAACUUUGUGGCACGUGUCCAAGUUUCGAGUGAUAACAGUAAGAAGAAUGAAUUUCCUACUGUUGCUCUCUGUUGUGCCGUGACAAUGUUGGAAAGGACAACAGGAUUGUUUGAUUUUAACGUCUCUGUUAUUAGAGACGGAGUAGUAAGUCAAUUGUAAAGGAUUGGGAUAAUGAAUCGGCCGUGAGGUAUCUAUUACACUAUUCAUGAGAAUUAGUUCAAGACAUCUACGAGGAAAUCAAAUCAGACCAGCUGAUCGAGGAUGAAAGGUCAUUUGCAGGACCACUGUUAUCACACUAAUGGCGACGCUAAAUGUAAUAUAUGAUGAGCACAGUUAAUUCAAUGAACUGUUAAGGAUACAGCAUAUUUUGUUAAAUGUGUGGGAUAGUGAGUCUAUUUCGGCAGAUAACUUCAAAAUGCAAUAAUUGUAGAAGAUUAGUAUAAUAAUAAUAAUUGUUAAUAAUAAAAUAAAUAAUUGAUUAAAAGGAAAUCUACUAAAUGAAAAGUAAAAUGAUCCUAAACAUUUCACACGCGCGCACACGCCAUUUCUUAGUCUCAAUAAUAAAAAUUAUUUUUUGUCCGAAAAUGCGCACGAUAUUAUCGACUACGUAAAAAAAAUUCACUCCUUAGUUAAUUCUAAUCUUUUUUACCUUUUUUAUUGUUUGAAGUGUGGGUCGGUAGACACGUGGCAUGCUGAAAAACGUUUAGUUUGGGUUUAUAUAAUCUCAGGGAAAUUACUGUCGUCUCGCUCGCGAGAAAAUUCAGAAUAGCUUAAUUUAAUUUUGUGGGUAUCGCGUUGGCAUCGUGAGAAAAAAUGUAGUAGAGCAAAAUCUGUAACAUUUAUAAAUUGGGGAGUGAUGAUUGUUACUAUGAAUUGAAAUCAGAAAUGCCAAACUAAACAAUUAUUAUUUAACGAAAGAAGCUUUUUAUACAGACAUCUGGCAUCUCGUUGAUUAAUCUCUCAGUUUUGCACAUAACAAAGAAUUUUUGCGUAUUUCGGCGAAAUACGUAAAAAUCAUAAUAAUCUUAGCUCGACUCUGGAGCGAAAGAAAAAAAUUUUCAUAGCAAAGUCAUAUCAGAAAGCGCAAUUGACGAUAAUAAUGGCACAAUUAAACGAAUUCCUAACAGGAAUAUAAUUUCAGUUCAUUUGAACAAAAUGGAAGGAAAUAAGAGUCUGACAGAGUAAGAUGCUGUCGGAAAGGCACGCGACUAAAGAAGAGAAAGAAAAGACGAGUGCGCAUACUUAUAUAGAACAAAAUACAGAUGAUAAUGCUACGCCGCUCUCAUUAUCGCUGACUUGCAGAGCAGUUCAUUGACUCAGUGGUUAAAUUAUAUCUUUAACUCUUGAUAUUUCGAUAGGAAAGGAAAGUAGUAUGCUAUUACGUCGCGAGCAGCGCACAGUAUUACACCAACCAUUGCAUUACAAUGCACAUGAUGUGCUGAGUCUAUGAACUCUCAUUUUACUGUACCUGUUGGAGACAUCGCAGCAAUUUAUUUUUUGUACUCGUUUUCACUCGGCUAGUAAUGCAGACACAAAUUCCUGAACACUUGAAGCAAUCAGGUUUCUGUUUUAUUUCGAGAGUAUAUUUCCAUAACAGCAAACGAGUUCAUGGUAUUGGUUGUUUUAGUGUCGAUGGAACUGUUGUGUGUAUUUAACUACCCGACGUUGUUCCAGAUCUUUUCUACACUGUCGUGUCAAAGUGGUAGCCGUUGCUUCUACAAUCAUCAAUCAUGAAUAUGUAUAAAAUGUCUAAUUUGUAAAUAUUUCUUAUUUAACUCAGUGAAUAAAUUAUU